UAAAAUCACGCGUCCAAAAUUGCACUGAAACAGAGGUUUUUCCAGGGAAUAAAAACCCAAUCUCCAUAUCUAUAUCUAUCUCUCUUUUCUGCUAGAUUUAACUAAAGCACUGUAAAAGAAUCCCACUGUGCGGAGGACACAUUGGCUUUGCUUCACAGUUUUAUCAUAUCAAUCUCCGUCCAUCCCAGAAAUAAAAGGAGAAUUUUUGUGGGUGAGUCGUAGGCAGCAGCAAUGGAGCUGUUCUACUUCCUGGUGUUUGGGGCAUUGGGAGCGGUGGUGGCAGCAUUAGAGCUGAGCAAGACGAGCAAGGAUCGAAUCAACACAUCCCCUGCUUUCAAUUCCUUCAAGAACAAUUACCUUGUUGUUUACUCUCUCAUGAUGGCUGGAGACUGGCUGCAGGGUCCAUAUGUUUACUAUCUUUACAGUACAUAUGGCUUUGGAAAAGGGGACAUUGGACAGCUUUUUAUUGCUGGUUUUGGAUCCUCUAUGUUGUUUGGAACAAUUGUUGGAUCACUAGCUGACAAACAAGGCCGCAGGAGGGCUUGUGUUACUUACUGCAUUACUUACAUACUUAGCUGCAUCACCAAGCAUUCUCCUCAAUACAAAGUUUUGAUGAUAGGUCGUGUUUUGGGAGGUAUCGCCACCUCUCUUCUGUUUUCAGCAUUUGAGUCAUGGCUUGUUGCUGAACAUAAUAAGAGGGGCUUUGAGCAACAAUGGUUGUCACUAACAUUUUCAAAGGCAAUAUUUCUUGGCAAUGGUCUUGUUGCCAUUCUGUCUGGGUUGUUUGGGAACCUACUUGUUGAUUCAUUGUCCCUUGGACCUGUGGCUCCUUUUGAUGCUGCUGCAUGCUUUCUUGCUAUUGGGAUGGCUAUCAUAUUAUCAUCAUGGACUGAAAAUUUUGGAGACACCUCAGAAAGCAAGGACCUUCUUACCCAGUUCAGGGGUGCUGCUGUAGCAAUAGCUUCUGAUGAAAAAAUUGCUUUGCUCGGUGCCAUCCAGUCUCUGUUUGAAGGUUCAAUGUACACCUUUGUGUUCCUUUGGACUCCUGCUUUGAGCCCCAAUGAUGAGGAGAUUCCUCAUGGUUUUAUUUUUGCCACAUUCAUGUUGGCUUCAAUGUUGGGAAGCUCCCUUGCAUCUCGAUUGAUGGCCCAUUCAUCACCCAGGGUAGAAAGCUACAUGCAGAUUGUUUUUGCGAUUUCCUCUCUCUCUCUUCUGCUUCCUAUUAUAACCAAUUUCUUGGUAGCUCCUUCUAAAGUGAAGGGCGGAAGCAUCUCAUUUUCAGGUUGUAUCCAGCUUCUUGGCUUCUGUACCUUUGAGGCUUGUGUAGGGAUAUUCUGGCCAUCCAUUAUGAAAAUGAGAUCUCAGUACAUCCCAGAGGAGGCUAGGAGCACUAUUAUGAACUUCUUCCGCAUUCCUCUCAAUCUCUUUGUCUGCAUCGUGCUGUACAAUGUUGAUGCGUUUCCCAUCACUGUUAUGUUUGGUAUGUGCUCAAUUUUCCUCUUCGUGGCAUCUAUUUUGCAAAGACGGCUGAUGGCAAUUUCAGACAAGCCAAAGGUGGAAAAUUGGACGGCAAUGAAGGAAAGGGACCCUGAAGCGGAGCCACUAAAUGAUUGAGUGUGUUGGGCUUUACAGGCCACCAAGGAUUCUUGCCUGGUUGAAAACAACGUAAUUGAUUCCUUAUACUGUUCCAGUUCCUACUCGAUGGAGGGUUGUAUUUUGAUUUUACAGUAGAGGUUACAAAUGUAUAAGAAAAUAGUGGUCUGCCCAUUAAAAAAAAGAAAAAGAAAAAGAAAAAGGUCACUUGGGUUUUCAUGAUUGUUUUGGGCAAGGUAGUUAAUGCUUUUGUCUGCUAAAGUAGGAAAGCAAAUAUCCAUCUUCGUAUCUCCGAUAUUAUUCUUUUCUAAACUGCUCUAUAAUUUGUAUUACAUUUCCUCUAAUGUUUCUGGUUUAGUGGAAUUGCACCAACUUCUUGCCUAUGCAUCA